AUCAAUCUAAGGAUGAAGAUAUUCUACCUAAAGAGAAAAACAGUCCAGAAGAAUUAUCGAAACAGAAGAAAUAUUUUGCAUCUUGUGAUCAACUUAGAAAACAAAUUGAAGAAAUUGAAGAAAUCCAAGUAGAAAUGUUAAAAGUUUUAUUGAUUCAUAAUGAUUUAAUGGAGAAAAAUGAAACUUCAAGAGUAAUAUUUUUAGAAAAAUUUCGAGCUUUCUUGAGAGAAAACAGUGGACUUGGGAGAGUACAUCAGACUCAUUCAUGCCCACUGCCUGUUAGUUUAUGUUUUUUCCACCGUUUAGUUCAAGCUGUCAGAUAUUAUUGGGAUAAUUUUCGACUGGAAGAUCCAUGUAGAUUUGUUUUAAGUAAAGAUGCGUUUAUGCCAGUUCAGGAGUUCUGGUCUGAUAGUCGUGAUUAUUUUGAUUUUCAAAGAUGUGGAGGUUUAAUGUCUCAUUUAAACAGAACGUUGGGCGGUGAGGUGAAUAAAGCUCAAGGUCUCGUUGUUUAUGAUGAUGGUAAAGAUAUUAAAGUUAAAACCGUUCCACAGACACCCGGUGAGGAAUAUCCUGAUACCGAGUUACCAAGUGGUAAUUCUCUGAUAGAUUUAUUAGAUGGUUUAGUUAUAUUAUACCAUAGUACAGCACAUAAACAGCUAGGAAAGAUGUGUGCAUUAAGAGAUAAUAUGAAGGACUUUGUGUUAGCUUUACAAGAUACGGAAGAAAAAUAUAACAAAUGUCCUGAAGAGAUGAAGGAUGUUCGAGAUGAUUUAUUAAAAGCUAAAGAAGUUUUUCUAGAGAAAAUAACAGAACAAGCCAGACAGAUGGGAUGGGUGUUGGCUGUUAUAUAUUCUAAGCCCAAACAAGAAGAUGUUUGUUGGAUAUUAAAUGUUGUUUUAAAGACGAUAGAGAAAGCGUCCCAUUUUCGUAGAUUACUUCAAUUUAUGCCGGAGUUUUAUAUAGAAACAUGUGUUAAUGCUUAUAAUGCCCUGAAGAAUUAUAUUCACCCAACUACACCCUUCGAAUCACUGCCAGGUUACGAAGAUAUAUUACGACGUUACGCGAUGUUUUUAACCAACCAUUUUGCUGAUCAGAAGAUUGUUAGUAAUGAUUUAAGAGACAGUUUAGUUCAAGCAUUGGCAUGUUUCACCUGCUAUGCUAAUACCUUACACAUAUUAGAGACAUUGCCCAUGGAGAAUCGAGAAAAAAUGAUAAGAGCUUUGAUUGCACCGUAUGAAAAUCGUUCGUGGGCCCAUACUAAUUGGAUUCUAGUUCGAUUAUGGAAGGGGUGUGGUUUUGGAUAUCGCUAUAGAUACUUACCUAAUUUGGUUCCGUCAAAAGUUCAACCAACAGAAUUCAGCUUCGUUAGUCUACAGAAGCCGUGUCCAUCACAGAUAUUACAGAGUUUAUUAGCUAAGAUUCUUCUGGAUGAUGAACCUACCUCGACUAGAUUUCUUGAUACCCUCAUGAAUCAACUCAACUGGUCUUUCUCAGAAUUUGUUGGCAUUAUGCAAGAGAUACAACAACUAGUCAGUCGUACAGAACAAUUAUUCAUAGAGAGUCGACAAUUAAAGAUAUGUGCUGCUUGUUUUGAAAUCUCCGUUUGUUUGUUACGUGUUUUAGAGAUGGUGGUUACCAUAGCACCCGAUUUAUUUACAGAUUAUUGUCGAUCAUCCGCAGAAUUAUUCUUAAAGAGAAUCAUGCAGCUUCUUAGUCAGGUGUUGAGUCGAAUAACAACUAAAAACGGAGCAUUUGAAAAUCUCUCACCUUUACCCAUACCAGGUUUAGAUAGUGUAACAUAUUUUCCUAUAUUAACUGUAACGGUUGGUAUUUUAGUUCAGUUAAUAGGUAGAUCAGGUGGAACCAGUCAAGAAAGAGCAACACGUGCCUUGCUGACAGAUGCUGGAUUUAUGAUAAAAUCGCUCGAGUUUGUUUUUACUGUCGAAGAAAGAUCUUCUACUAGUAAAUUUAACAAACCAUUUUCUUUUAAAAAUUUUGAAGAGAUAGGUAGUGAAGAGAUACAAGAUGUCGAGAAUUUAAUCAUUUAUUUAAAAAAGCAACAAAUCAUCAUGUCAAAACAAGCUCAGGAUAUUAAAGAAGAUGAUUUAUGUACAAUAUGCUACGCUAAUCUACGUACAGCCGUCUUUGUUCCGUGUUCUCAUCAAUCUUGUAGGACGUGUAUCACCCAGCAACUGAUGACGAAGAAGGAAUGUUUUUUCUGUAAAGCUGUCAUCACGUCAGUCACUGACUUAAAGAAUCGACCCAUAUUACGAGAACAUUUCCUACCACCGAAAAAAACUUGAUGUUAAAAGAAAACUUAAUUUUAGCAAAAAAAAUUUUUAGCAAAUAUUGUAAUGUGAUAACUGUGUUUUUUUAAAAAAAAAAAAAAUAUUUCUUGUUUUCGUAGGGCCAGGGUAAAACUCUGACAAUAUCGAUAAUCAUAGAGUGUAAAAACAGUUAGCGUGGAAACACUAAUAUAACAAUUCACCUGACAAAUUGGCUUGAAUGGAGAAAAUCAGUCAUAUAUCCAUAAUAGUACCUGCAAUUGUUAAAUUUUCAAAACUAACAUAUUGUUCAAUUUUAUUUUAUUAACUUGCUUGCGCAUUGGGCUCUUUAGCAUUUGGAGGAAAUCGGAGGACCCGGAAAAAACUAACAUAUUGUUCAAUUUUAUUUCAUUAACUCACUUGCGCAUUGGGGUCUUUAGCGGCGGGGAAUCGAUACCACACCAUUUGACUCAAUGACACACACACACACACAUACCCCCGCCAUAAUAUUAGAACUUCAAAGAAUUUAACCAUAAACAUAAUAAAAGACUGUAUCAAAAAAAAAAUACUUUGGUUAUCGGAUAAUCCUGUGUCACUUACAAAAUGACUCUUUUUAAGAAUGUAUGAUUAUCCAGUACCAUUUAUGAUUGUCAUUAAAACUUAUCAGUGCUGUGUACUUGAUAAUUGAGCCUAUGCCACAUUUCUGGAUAAAUUAAAGUUUAUUUAUGGAUCUACUUCCUGUAAUCAGGUGCACGUGUGUCAAUAGCUCGAAAAUCACUACUCUUGUAUACUGGGCCUUUAAACCCAUCAGUAAACAAUUCCCAAAAUGGUUAAUGAAAAUAUGAUGAUAUUUAUACUUGCUGUGUUUUAUUUGUUGGUUAAAUUAUUAUUAUUUAUUGGUAAUAGAGUAGAGUAUUGUCAUAGCAACUUACAGUUCAACAUAUAACACAGGUUUAGGUAAAAGCUAGCUAGACUAUCUAAACACAACCAACCAUACCUUGUCUAUUACUGCCUUGAGUCAUGGACGUUCCAUGGAAAGAUGAUACCUCAAGUCAUGGAGGGUCCAUGGAAAGAUGAUACCUCAAGUCAUGGAGGGCCCAUGGAGAGAUGAUACCUCAAGUCAUGGAGGGCCCAUGGAGAGAUGAUACCUCAAGUCAUGGAGGGCCCAUGGAGAGAUGAUACCUCAAGUCAUGGAGGGUCCAUGGAAAGAUGAUACCUCAAGUCAUGGAGGGCCCAUGGAGAGAUGAUACCUCAAGUCAUGGAGGGCCCAUGGAGAGAUGAUACCUCAAGUCAUGGAGGGUCCAUGGAGAGAUGAUACCUCAAGACAUGGAGGGUCCAUGGAGAGAUGAUACCUCAAGUCAUGGAGGGCCCAUGGAGAGAUGAUACCUCAAGACAUGGAGGGUCCAUGGAGAGAUGAUACCUCAAGUCAUGGAGGGUCCAUGGAGAGAUGAGUUACCUUGUCUAUUACUACCAUACCUCGAGUCUUGGACGGCCGAUGUGUUUAGCUUUCAGAUUUUUUAGUUAUUUUUUGAAUGAUUGUUAAGAUAUUGGAUAAUUAAUUAGGUCAUCCCACGAUGAAUUAUUCAUAAUUACUUCCUAAUAAAAUUAAUUAGGUCAAUUCAACAUAGAAUGUAAGCAUUUAUUUCAAGAUAAAAUUAAUUAGGCCCGCCAUAAAUUUGUUGACAUGAUUUUCACAGUGCAGGUUAUUAGAACUUUUAUUUGUGUGUAAAGAUUUCAUGAUGUUAUUAAUUGUGUCCGUGAGGUCAUAAUGUAAUUUACCGAUUGGAUGCGCGCUCUUGCAAACCUCUUGAUCAGCCGGGAGGUCAAAAUGUAAUUUAUCGACCUCACACUCUUGCAAAUCUCUUGUUUUGGUUUUUGAUAUUAAAGGUACAUUAUGUCAGAGCUAAAUCUGCCCAUUGCAGGUUUUUAUUUUGGCUUUAAAUGUUAUUUAAAUUAUUAUUUAGACAUUUAUUCAUAGCAAGAACAACCAGGGGCCUGUUUCUCGAAAUCUUAACUAAAGAUAAAAUCCAAAUUUUAGUAGAUACUUCAAUUUUGAUUGACUAAGCACUAAAUUUAAUCUAAUAUCAUCCAAUCAAAUUACUAAAAUUUGGACUUUAUCUUAGUUAAAAUUUCGUGAAACAGGCCCCCAAUCUUUAUACAUCAAAUGGGCAAUCUCGUAUUCAAAUUAUCUGUCCUUGGUCGUAGCUAGAUUGUACGAACCAAUCAAAAAAUAGUUUACUAACCAGUUUGAGGCUCAUUGCUUACGUUCACAACAAUAUGGCAACUUGUUCACUCGAUAAUGAGAAAGUCUUCAAGAAAUUUAAUAUAAAAAACGUGAUAUCUACACAAAAAGAUGUCCUAAAACAUAUUUUUGGUGGAAAAGAUGUUUUUAUGUCGGUUUUUAAGUAAUAAACAAUUUUUUUGAUUGGUUGAUAAAAGUAGCUUAAUCAUCAAGGGCAAAUAAUUUGAAUAUGUGUCUCCUCAUGGAUGAACCCCAGGGUAUAAUGGAGUGGAACGGAAUGAGACCACUGAGGAUACCAAGGAUGCUCUUUAUACAUUAUGUAAGAUUUAGAUAAAGAGCUGGCAGUUCUUGCUAUAAAAGUUCAAAAAUAGAUAAUGUAAAAUGAAAAUAUUGAAAAUUUCAUUCAAAUUACUUUAUUCUGAGCAAAGUUAUCACUGUUUGUAGUUUUGACAAGAUGUGUGUAUUGUGGUAAAUUGGGCACUGGAAUAUUCAAGACUUAGCCUUGCUUUCCCAUUUUUGAAUUUAAUUUUUAAAUGGUGAACCAUUCUAAUCUAGUUAAAAUCUUGAGUAUCCGAUGCCAUCUAGAAUUGAUUAUGCUCUUGUUUUGUUAAUAAAUGUCUAAUUAAUAGUUUAGACAACAUUUAAGGCCUAAAUAAAGACCUGCAAUAGGUAGAUUUAGCUCUUGCCAUAAUGCAUGUUUAAAUGAGUUAAAGAUUAUCUUAGUUAUUAAUUAUGAAAUGAUAAAUUAUAAAAUCUUGUCCAAUGAAAUAAGUUGUAUAUAGACUAUAAAUGGUAGAGUAUUUAUUAUUGUUUAAAUAUUACUCGAAACAACCACGUUAUGUGAUGCAUCGUUUCUCAGAUACUUUAUUGAAAUGAAAUAAAAACUAAUUUAGACACAGGUAUGUAUAUGGUGACUGAUAAUUUCUGGAAAAAUCAUUUGGGGAAGGGCAGUGUGGCCGCAGCCGAACUGUUUACAUUUUUGGUUUGUUUUUAUCGCAAUUAACGGUUAAAGGGGGGGGGGGGAACUCUCUUUAUUAUAACGGAUGAUGUAAGCAAGCGGGAAGUGUGCAAAAAAGCGUGCAAAUGAAAGAUGGCGAGUAAAAAGCGGUCUCAAACUAUUUGAAACCGUUGUCAACGUUUUAACGUUAAAGUUUCCCUAUGGAUACUCAAUAGUUAUGUCACACGGUGAACGGACAUUCCAGGAAAUUGAGUGUUGACGGUAAACUGUAUAAACUGCUAGUUUAAGGUCUCAAUUCGUCGUGUCUCUGUGAAAGGCUAACGGUAAACAAGACAUCGGCUAUUGGUAACGGCAUGGCUGCAGUUUCAAGUUAAACUUAAAGGGACGGUGACGCGUUUCAAUACCGCUAUGUACAAGGUUUAUUUAUAAAUCCUAUGAUGGACUGAAUAAAGAAAUUUUAUGGUU